AUGGCGCUCAGCGACCAUCCAAAAGCCUACGGCACCGCUGCCGUUGUCUUCGCCUUCACAACUGGCAUCCUCGUCACUUUAGGAUUCAAGGACUUUUACCCAGAUCUUGAGCGUCGAUUCCAGCGCAAGAGGCGUGCAAACACAGGCGGUGGCCGAAGAUCGAGUCUUUUCUGGGGAGACCCUGUUGAGCUUCAGGAUCAUGAGUCUCAACCUUCAUCGCCAACGUCUUAUGAUGUUGUGAGGAAUAGCUUGGUAGAUGGUAUAGAAGCUACCAUCGGUAACACGCCUCUUAUAAAGAUUCAAUCAUUAUCAAAAGCCACAGGCCGGGUCAUCAUGGCCAAAGCAGAGUUCCUCAAUGGCGCUGGAAAUUCACCCAAGGAUCGUGUUGCACUUAACAUGAUUCGAGAAGCCGAAUCAAAGGGUCUACUAACACCACAUAAGGGUGAUACGAUAUAUGAAGGCACAGUAGGAAGCACGGGUAUCUCACUCGCAACUCUUGCCCGAGCAAUGGGCUACCGCGCCCAUAUCUGUAUGCCUAGCGAUAUGGCUCUCGAAAAGUCCGAUCUACUCCUCCAUCUUGGCGCAACUGUUGAGCGCGUCACUCCCGCACCUAUUACAAGCCCCGAUCACUUUGUCAACCUGGCUCGAAGGCGUGCGGAAGAACACGCCAGUAAGUCCAAGGAUGGCAGCAAAGGUUUCUUCGCAAACCAGUUUGAGUCCGAGGCCAACUGGAAAGCACAUUUCAAUGCAACGGGUCCCGAAAUUUGGCGGCAGACGAAUGGCCAGCUGGACGCCUUCGUCGCAGGAGCUGGUACAGGAGGAACAGUCUCUGGCGUGGCAAAGUAUCUGAAGGAGGAGCAGAAGGCAACGGAUAUCAAAGUCGUUCUCGCCGACCCUCAGGGCAGUGGUCUCUACAACAAAGUCCGUCACGGCGUUAUGUACUCGUCGACAGAGCGUGAGGGUACAAGACGUAGGCAGCAGGUUGAUACUAUGGUCGAAGGCAUCGGAAUCACACGUCUGACUGAGAACUUCGAGGCAGGGCGCGAACUCAUCGACGAUGCUGUGCGAGUAACGGACGCGCAAGCCUGUCGCAUGGCGCGCUGGCUAGUUGAGCACGAUGGUAUAUUCAUCGGCAGCAGUAGCUCUGUCAACUGUGUCGCCGCGGUUGAGGCAGCUAUGAGACUUCCAAAGGGGAGUCGUGUUGUUACUAUCCUCUGCGACUCUGGAACGAGACAUCUGAGCAAGUUCUGGAAGCACAUCAAAGAGAUGGGUCUGGAAAGUGAGGAGGAAGCAACGAAUUUAUUUACUGAGCUAGGGAUACCCAGCCAUGAUGAAUGA